AGCGAGCCCUGUACUGUGUUACUUUUUCGGUUAUUAAGGGGCUGCUGACUGCUUUCCGGAUUUCCCAAGUUCAGACUGCACUGACCGAUUGCAGAGUUCACACACGUCAUAUCACCACCAAAUAGGAAUAUAUAUUUCUUUAAAUAGAACAAUGGCUACAAUGGAUGAUUUCUUCCAUAAGGUGCAGCGGAAACAUCCCACCAUUCUGGACGACUUGCGAGCAGUUUUCAAAAACUCGCAGAGCGAUUCACCACAGCGUUCAAUAACUCUGUCCCAAAUACGUGCUGCCUACACUCAACGAACUGGCCAGGACUUUCCCAUAAAGGGUGGCACGCGAACCCAAAUGUGUUUCGUCCUGACAAUCCCUUAUGUUGCCUGUUUCACCAGUCAAAUUGGCACAUUGCGAUUUUUCACCAUUGACGUGAAACAGGAAUAAGGGUAAAUUAAAAACAAAGUCUAGUCACUCCGUGCAAUUUCUGUGUACUCAUACGAUGUAUAGCAAUAUUAAAAUAUACUUAAAGUUCUAAGAAUAUAAAUUAACAAUAAUGAAAUAAAUGAA